AUGCCGGACUUGCCUUCUCUCCCUGAGGGCCUCGAGGGCCUCGAAAGCCUGCGAGUUUCUGUUGCUGCUGCUCUCGGCAGCAGCUGCGUAGUGGAAGUCUCGCUGAAUAGGCCGCAGCAGCUCAACUCUUUGGGGGCCUCUUUUUGUCGCGAGUUCCCCCUUUGCAUGCGCGCACUGUACCACUGGUCACCUUGCUGCUGCGUGCUGCUGACUGCAGCGGGCCCCGCCUUCUGCAGCGGCGCAGAACCUGCUGCUGCUGCUGCUGCUGCCUCCUGCUGCAGCGCUGCUGCUGCAGCAGAGCCCCACUGGGCACUCGCCAGCCCCUCGGGGAGGCCUGGGGAUUCCCCCUGCUGCGCAGUCACAACAACCCCACGCUGCGGCGCUGCGCAGCAGCAGCAGCAGCAGCAGCAGCAGCAGCAGCAGCUGGAGGGGCCCCUGGAGGCCGCGCUGAGCUGCCUGGAGCUGCUGCAGCAGCCCGUUGUUGCUGCUGUCUCGGGACCCUGUGUGGGGGCGGGCCUGCAGCUGGUUUGCUGCUGCGACAUUCGACUUGCUGCUGCUGACGCAUUUUUCAGUGCGCAGGAGCUGCAGCAGGGGGCCCCUGCUGCUGCUGCGCUGCUGCAGCGGCUGCAGCGCGCCUGCAGCAGCAGCAGCUGGGCCCGAGAAGUCUGCUGUUCCGGCCGCUCCUUUGCUGCUGCUGAGGCCCAGCAAAAAGGAUUUGUCUCUGCCAUUUUUCCAGAUAAAGAAACUCUUCUUGCUGCAGCAGGGGCCCUUUGUCUUUCUUUUGCUGCUAAGGGUCGGGGGGCCCUAGCAGCAGCGAAGGGGGCCCUGCAGCAGCCCCCGAGGGACCCGCUUGCUGCUGCUGCUACUGUUGCUGCUGCUCGCGCCGCUGCUGCUGCCGACGCUGCUGCUGCUGCUGCUGCCGACGCUGCCGCUGCUGCUGCCGACGCUGCUGCUGUGCUGCAGCUCCCAUAUGUCCGCAGAACUCUCAAGCAGCAAACUCUGCAGCAGCAUUGCAGCAGCAAAGCCUUGCCACCCACCUUUGCUAAGCUGUGA